AAAAGCUCCGACGCCGAGUACGAGGCCGAAGCGCGACGAAACAGCACCAUCAGACACGCCACCUUGAGAUUCGAAUCACCCCUUUUGACACUUGGACAGUUUGAAUAAGUUGUCCUCGAUUCCUCGUUUGUUUCUUUGUCGCAACUUGUCUUUCUACACCACAUUCGUUGCAACUUGUCAAGAUGGCAGAAGAGUCGACUUUGCGCCACCGAAAGCCUCAACACGAGGACCCCGAGCCUAAACCAGACCAGGAGGAGACGUCUGGGUCUGAAUCUGAGGACGAGGAGGGCAAGACCAGAUCUUCCAAAGAAAUCGACGAGGAAGACCCUUGGGAUGGCUACACUCCCUACGUCGACGUCCUCCGCGUCAUAACCUUCUUGCUGCUCGCAUCAUGCGGCCUCAGCUACCUCAUCACUGGAGGCAAGAGUUACUUCUGGGGCAUGAAGAAUAAGCCCGACUACUUGACUGUCAAGUAUUACAAGGAGCUUAUCAAUGGACCACCACCGCCCAACUACCUGACCCUUAACGAACUCAAGCUCUACGACGGAACCGACCCCGAUAGACCCCUCCUCCUCGCCAUCAACGGCACCAUCUACGACGUCUCCGCCGGCCGCCGCAUGUACGGACCCGGCGGCUCAUACCAUUACUUUGCCGCCACCGACGCUGCUCGCGGUUUUGUCACGGGCUGCUUCGCCGAGGACCGCACUGCCGACCUACGUGGCAUGGAGGAGGCCUUCCUACCCCUCGACGACCCCGAGACGGACGCCUACUGGACCCCUGAGGAGCUCGCCGCCCUCAAGGAAAAGGAGCUGGCCGAGGCCAAGGAACACGCCCACAAGGCCCUGCUCCACUGGGUCAACUUCUUUAAGAACAGCAAGAAGUACUCCAAGUACGGCUACCUCAAGAGAGAGGACAACUGGCUCGAGAAGGAGGAGCCCAAGAAGCUGUGUGACCAGGUGCAGGCCACCAGGAAGAAGAGAAAGAUUCCCGGCAAGGAGGAGGAUUAAUGUGUGUGAUUAGAGUUGUUGCGUGUCUUUACUUUGGAUUAGCCCCCUUCGUUGAUCUGUAUUUGUAUAUCAAAACUCAAGUGAAUAUGAACACAUCAUGGCCAAA